ACGAAUAAAUAAAAUCCACUCCUCUAUCAAAGCAUCAAAUUCCCUGCUUUCCUUUUCGCCAUUGUCGCUCCGCCCUUCCUUUUCUUCUUCGUUUUGAAGAGGACUUUGGAUAGAAAACCCUACCUUUUAUUCUUCUUUUCUUUUUCUAAAGGGAAAUCAAACUGAAAAUAUAAGGCUUUGGCUUUUUCUUUCAAACUAAUGACGACGUCGAUUGGAGCUGCGACGGGUACCGUCGUCCCGACGGAUCCGAAGACUCGAGUCCAGAGCUUCACGGGGUCGAAAUAUUCGCAUUCUAUAGCUUUGAAGAGGAAUCUUCGCGUGUUUUCCGCUCCUUUCUGCAGUCACACUCUCAUCAGAGCUGUCUCAACGCCAGUGAAGCCUGAAACGAGUGCCACAGAACCGAAGCGGAGUAAAGUUGAGAUAUUCAAAGAACAAAGCAACUUCAUCAGAUACCCUCUCAAUGAGGAGAUAUUGACUGAUACCCCAAAUAUAAACGAGGCUGCAACACAAUUAAUUAAGUUCCAUGGGAGCUAUCAACAGUACAACAGAGAUGAGCGCGGUACAAGGUCUUUUUCCUUCAUGCUUCGGACUAAAAACCCAGGUGGGAAAGUCCCGAACCAGCUCUACUUGACCAUGGAUGAUCUUGCCGAUCAAUUCGGCAUUGGAACUUUACGUCUGACGACGAGGCAGACCUUUCAGCUCCAUGGUGUUUUGAAGAAGGACCUCAAGACUGUGAUGAGCACCAUUAUUAGAAACAUGGGUUCAACCCUUGGUGCGUGCGGGGAUCUAAAUAGGAAUGUACUUGCUCCGGCUGCAUCACUAAUGACGAAAGAAUACCAGUUUGCACAAGAAACUGCUGACAAUAUUGCUGCAUUGUUAACUCCUCAAUCAGGUUUUUACUAUGAUGUAUGGGUGGAUGGGGAGAAAUUCAUGACAUCGGAGCCUCCGGAAGUUGUGAAAGCCAGGAAUGAUAACUCCCAUGGAACGAAUUUCCCUGAUUCUCCCGAGCCGAUAUAUGGGACGCAGUUCUUGCCAAGGAAGUUUAAGAUUGCUGUGACUGUGCCAACUGAUAACUCGGUGGAUAUUCUCACAAAUGAUAUCGGUGUUGUGGUAGUUUCUGAUGAAAAUGGAGAGCCUCAGGGGUUCAACAUAUACGUUGGUGGUGGCAUGGGAAGGACCCAUAGGAUGGAGACCACUUUCCCACGUUUGGGAGAACCACUCGGUUAUGUGCCAAAGGCGGACAUUUUGUAUGCUAUUAAAGCCAUCGUUGCCACACAACGUGAUAAUGGAAGAAGAGAUGACCGUAGGUAUAGUAGAAUGAAAUAUUUGAUCAGCUCUUGGGGGAUUGAAAAGUUUAGAAGUGUUGUUGAGCAAUAUUAUGGAAAGAAAUUCGAGCCUUUCCAUGAGUUGCCUGAAUGGGAAUUUAAGAGUUACUUGGGAUGGCAUGAGCAGGGAGAUGGUGCUUUAUUUUGCGGGCUCCAUGUAGACAAUGGUCGCAUUGGAGGAAAGAUGAAAAAGACACUGAGGGAAGUAAUAGAGAAGUAUAAUUUAAAUGUGCGGAUCACCCCAAACCAAAACCUCAUUCUGUGUGAUGUUCGUAGUGUAUGGAAGCGUCCUAUUACCACAGUUCUUGCUCAAGCUGGGCUGCUGCAUCCUAAAUAUGUGGAUCCCCUGAACUUAACUGCUAUGGCAUGCCCAGCUUUCCCGCUUUGCCCUUUGGCAAUAACCGAAGCUGAACGUGGCAUACCUGAUAUCCUCAAGCGGGUCAGAGCUGUCUUCGAGAAGGUCGGACUCAAGUACAGUGAGUCGGUGGUGAUAAGGGUAACUGGCUGCCCCAAUGGUUGUGCUAGACCUUACAUGGCUGAGUUGGGACUGGUUGGUGAUGGUCCAAACAGCUAUCAGAUUUGGCUUGGAGGAACACCUAGUCAAACUCAAUUAGCAAGGACUUUUAUGAACAAAGUCAAAGUUCAGGAUCUUGAGAAAGUUUUCGAGCCCUUGUUCUACUCCUGGAAACGGAAAAGACAGCCCAAAGAGUCAUUCGGUGACUUCACAAUCCGCAUGGGAUUCGAAAAACUUCAUGAGCUGGUGGACAAAUGGGAAGGUCCAGUGCUAUCACCGACAAGGUAUAACCUAAAGCCUUUCGCUGAUAAAGAGACAUAUGAAGCCAUGGAAGAGCUUGCAAAGCUGCAGAACAAAACUGCUCAUCAGCUGGCAAUGGAAGUCGUUCGUAAUUUCGUUGCCGCCCAGAUAAACGGUGAAAGAGAAUGAGCCAGUUUACGAUAUUGCUGUUGGCAGCAUUGUCAAUAAACAAAAACUGUCAGGUGUCUCUUUCGGGCCGGUUACUGUUCGGUAACAACGUCAGACAACAAACAAAAAACGGGUUUUUUGAGGUGUUUCGGAUUCUAGUUUCGGCAUCAUUUUAGCUUUAUAUAGGAUCUUAUUGUGAGUUGUUGAGGAUUGUGGACUUCGGUUUUAGAAUAUAAUGCCUGUAGCUUAGGAAUGAGGCAUCAAAAGCUAAUGAAUAAAGCUUUUAUGACAGUCAACAGUGGCAAAUCUAGAUUUAAUUUGAAAGCCAAUUUCAAGCAUCUUGGACAAACUUUAAAAAAAAGUAUAAUCUUUUAGACAAAUUACAUGUGAAGUGGUCCCCAAGUGAUUAUUGGUUUUCGGAAUCAAACAUGGAUAUGGUGCUUGCCUUAACUCU